CCGAAAUUUUGUUUUCUAAAUAAACCCUGUCUCUCCCUCCUCUCUCAUCUCUCUCUCUCUUUUUCUGGUUUAAACCAUCAAGCCAUGAAUGUUUCAGGAUCUCCAUUUUAGGGCUUCUGGCCUCUCAUACUUCAUCAGGGGUUGUGUUAUUUGUCACAGAGGAGAGAGAAGCGCAAACUCAUGAGGAAGAGGGGAGAGCUUUGGUGCAGCGGCAAAAUCACCAGAUUUAGCGACCAAAGGAAAGGUUCACGGUUCUUUGGCUCGAACUGGUAAAGUGAGGGGGCAAACCCCAAAAAUACGGAAGCAAGAUGAGAAGAAGAAGAAGCCCAGAGGAAAGGCUCACAAGUGAUUACAGUACAACCGCCACUUUCUUCACAACUGGUUGGUUUUGGGAAGAAUAGGGGACCCAACUCCUUAGAGUAGAUUGCGGAGUCAAAUAUUAUGAGAAGCUUCAUUACUCGUGACUUUGGAUAGGGUUUGAUUUUUGUCUUUUAUUUUUGAAAAAUUUACUCUUUUUUUUCAUUUGUUAGUGGAGUAAAUCUGUUAAGUAUUUAUAGGAGUCUCAAGGCUUCAAGUAUUUGAGAGAAACAAGGUUACUGAAAGAAAAAAAAAAAAAAUUGGAUUUUGAAGAACCUAAAAUUUUAUGUUUUUCAAAAGCUAAAUUUUGUUGAAAAACCAAAAAUAGAUAGUUUUUAUUUUUUUUAAAAAGACAAUUGUUAUGAAAUCUAAAAAAAGGGACAUGUCAAUAAUAACGGAUUGUAAUAACAAAAAUUAAAACAGAAGGCAAAAAUGCUCGUCUUUUUUUUAAAAACAAUUGUUAUCAAUAUGAAGUAUAAAAAAAAGGUCGAUAUUUUUUUUAAUAACAAAAACUAAAACGGAUGGCGAAAAUGCUCGUGGUGAGGCUUUACUUUGUUUCCUACCCUAGGCCUUAGAGCAGCUUAUUUUAUUGCUUUUGAAAUUUAGUGGGCGUCCACAGGGUUCCUUGGACCUGAGGGUCUAAGUAGAUUAAGUUUUACGGAGCGGGGCGCGCGUCCAUUUGGUUCUAUUUGUGCGUGUUUUACAGACUUGAUCGCAGGAAGACGCAGUUCGAAGAGCUGCUCCGCGAACUGCUUCACCUCUUCAAGAAACGAACUCGGCUUCUCCUUUUUCUCCACUCUCUGGAAUCGGGUCCCGAGUCUAUCUUUUUUCUACAGCAAUAGAUUCAGUUUUUUCGAUAUACGAUUACUGGUUUUCCGCAUCAGAUCUGAAGAGCCAUCGUUUCAUUUAUGGACUGAAAAAAAAGCAGUAAUUGAUCAGGGGGUAAUAAAAUGAAGGUUCUGCAGUUGGGACUGGCAGUGGCUGUAACCGCAGGGAUUGCUGCAACUAUCAUUUAUAUUGUUGGGGUCUCGACAAUUGGCCAAAAAUAUGUACUCUCGGAUGAAGACGUGAAAUCUUUGGAAUCUCUGCAGACAAGUUUCAAGAAGUGCGUGCGUGCAAAUGGCUUAGGUUUGCAAGCAUUCAGCAAAGAUCACUGCCAAAUUACACUUGGUUUUCCUAGUGAUACUGUACCCAAAUGGGAGGAUCCUAAGACUGGGGAGCUUGAAGGGUUAUCAUUUGAUUUUAAUCUAUGUGAAGCAUUGGCUACAUGGGAACAAGUUCGGAAUAGUACUACAAUUCUUACCAAGGAGUUCAUUGAUGCUCUUCCGAAUGGAUGGCAGGAGUAUGCUUGGCGUAGGAUCAAUAAAGGCAUUCAACUCAACCAAUGUCAGAAUAAGACACUGUGCAUGGAGAAACUUGCUUUGGUCUUACCCAACACUCCCCCCUUUGUGCCGCGGCGGUUUGGUCGUUGUGCUGUUAUUGGUAACUCAGGUGAUCUGCUGAAAACAAGAUUUGGAAAGGAGAUUGAUGGCUAUGACGCCGUUGUUCGAGAAAAUGGUGCCCCAAUUCAGAACUAUACAGAGUAUGUGGGCACCAAGAGUACAUUCCGUCUUCUGAAUAGAGGAUCAGCCAAAGCACUUGAUAAAGUUGCAGAAUUGGAUGUAACAGGGAAGGAGGUCUUGAUCAUCAAAACUACAAUCCAUGAUAUUAUGAGCAAAAUGAUUCGGGAAGUUCCAAUCCACAACCCAGUAUAUCUUAUGCUGGGAACAUCCUUUGGCUCAGCUGCAAAGGGCACUGGACUAAAGGCACUUGAAUUUGCUCUCUCAGUCUGUGACUCUGUUGAUAUGUAUGGUUUUACUGUAGACCCUGGAUACAAAGAAUGGACUAGAUAUUUUUCAGAGUCCAGACAAGGGCACACUCCCCUACAUGGAAGGGCAUACUACCAGAUGAUGGAGUGUUUAGGGCUUAUCAAAAUUCACUCCCCAAUGAGAGCAGAGUUCAACCGCAAUUUGGAGGGGCUCCCAAGCAAAAGUACACUUUAUGCUGCAAGAAUUGCAUUCGAGAAGGUUUUGGGGAGAGCUGGAGCUAGCAUGGAAGACCCACUUGCAGCAUGUUCAAUCGUGAAGAGGUGUAGCGAAGAUGAAUCUAUGAGGCUCUCAAUCCUAAGAAAGGCAGCCUUGGAUCACCACCAGUACGUUAAAGGUGCGACUAUGUACACAUUAGAACAUAGGGUUGGAAAUGGAAUGGUUUGCAUCCUCCCCAAAGCUUAAAAUGAUUUCACAUCAGCAUGAUCUGAUGGUCGAGAAGCUUCAGCAUGCCAGAUGGCAGUAAGGAUUAGGGUGGGGGUUUUUCCUGGCUUGAGUAUGGUCAGGAACUAAAGUAGAACCUUGAUGAGAAAAGAUUUGAACAGUUGAGAGGUUCUUCCUAUUUUCAUUUCUCUCUGCUAAUUUGGUGUCUAUUUCAUGAAUGGGAUUGGUGAUGUCGACCCUUUUCUACCCACCCUAAAAGGCCUACAUCUUGAUUUUUGUUUGAAAUCAUAAAAUCAUGGUGUUUUGCCCUUCAUGAGUUCGGGAAGGUCAGAUUUUCAGGAGGGUCGGGGUUGGUGUCAAAUUUUGUGAUUCAGUUGUAUGAAGAUUUUUGUUCUGAUGGUUGUUCUUAUUGAAUUAAUUUUCCUUUGGAAAUUCAAUCAUCAAGAAUUAUGAAGAA